AUGGCAGCUUCAACCUCACCACCUGUGCCGAUAGCGGUGAUCGGCGUCGCCUACAGGGCGCCUGGCGGGCUCUUUGACUUUCUGUCCGAGGCCAAGUCGGCCUUCUCACGCGUCCCUGAGGACCGUUUCGACCAUGAGUCGUUCCAUUACAGCGACUCUGCUAAGCCGGGUGCUCUCUCGGCCAAGGGAGCCUACUUCCUACCUGACGAUAUCUACGCCUUUGACGCUCCCUUUUUCAACAUCACUGCCGAGGAGGCCGUGUCAAUGGACCCCCAAAUUCGAUCCAAGACGGGGGUCUUCUCAGCCCAGGAAGAGGCAGAGUAUGGCCAGCAGAUGAUUGAAGAUCUCCCAACAUCGACAAAGUACUGCAUCACUGGCAACGCGGGCUGCAUGGUGUCUAACCGCCUCUCUUACUUCUUCAACCUCAGGGGUCCGAAUAUUUCUCUCGACUCCGCCUGCUCCAGCAGCGGUUACGCGGUGCACAUGGCCUGCCAAAGCCUCCGCGCUGGUGAGUGCGAAACGGCCUUCGUCGGCGCCUCGUCGCUGAUGGUCAACCACCACACCAUGUCGCAGCUCGACACCCUGGGCGCCCUCUCGUCCGACGUCAAGUGCUUCUCCUACGAUAGCCGCGCAAACGGCUUCGGGAGAGGCGAAGGCGCCUCCUGUUUGAUCCUGAAGCGGCUGGACAUGGCUAUCGAGGCAGGUGACCCCGUACACGCCGUCAUCCGCAACUCGGCGGCCAAUCACUCCGGCCGCACGAGAGGAAUCACCUUGCCGUCGCAGGUAGCUCAGGAGGAGCUGCUCUGGCGCGUGCAUCAAAAGGUCGGCCUCAAGCCGGCUGAGACGGAUGUUGUCGAGGGCCACGGCACAAGAACCCCCGUCGGCGACCCCAUCGACGCCUCUGCCGCGGCCAAUGUCAUCGGAAGGGACCGAGAAGGGAAGAAAGUCUACCUCGGCUCCUUGAAGUCCAACUUUGGCCAUUUGCAUAGCGCUAGCGGCCUGCUCUCCGUCAUCAAGGCGGCGAUGAUGGUCCGGCUGGGCACAAUCUUCCCCAACGCGGAGUUAGAGACGAUGAAUCCCAAGAUUGACUCCUCCAGGCUCGAGGUUGUCCGCCGUCCCACGCCAUGGAUUUCUCCUGAAUCAAGGCCCAGACGAGCGGUGGUCACCAAUUUCGGCUUUGGCGGGAGCAAUGCGGCCGUGUUGAUUGAGGAGUAUAAGGCGGAUGAGAACCCCUCAUCGUCAUCCUCGUCGCUGAAGUCGUCUCAGCCCUCUCAAAUGCUAUUUCCCAUCUCCGCACAGUCCCUUGCGUCCCUUUCUAGCUAUCAAUCCCAGGUAGCGUCCCAUCUCGAGAAGGUUUCCGUUGAUGAUUCCUCCUCCUACUUGGGUGACCUGGGCUACACACUCGGCCUGAGACGGACGCACUUCGCUCACCGCAUGGCCCUUGUCGCGGGAUCCCUCUCGGAGCUCCGUGAGCAGCUUGUUUCCCCUUCGCUGUCCAGCACGGGAGGCAGGGUGGCCGCGGGCCAGAAGCCCGCCCCAUGCUUCGUCUUCACAGGUCAGGGGGCUCAGUCCGCCCGCAUGGCCGCGGAUCUCGGUCCUCAAUACCCGGUAUUCGCGAAGGCGAUGGAAGACGCAGAGAAGCACCUCCGAGCGUUCGGCGCCACAUGGUUGCUGGCCGAGGAGCUGGCCAAGUCUGAAGGGUCCCGGAUCAACGAGGCGGAGAUCAGCCAGCCGGCCUGCACCGCCGUUCAGCUAGGCCUGGUCGAGCGCAUCGCCAACACGCAGGGUAUCUUCAACCGCAGACUGAGAGUCAAUGUUGCGUACCACUCCCACCACAUGGAGCGUGUAGCCAGCUCGUAUGUUGCCGCGAUCGAGCCGUACUUUAUGGACGAUCGCAAGAGCCGGUUGGCGCUUAAUGGCGACUACGAGAAGAAGAGAGUGUUGCUGCCCCUUUUCUCAUCUGUCACCGGCCAAGUCGAGGGCGCGGAAGCCAUCACUUCCGCGCGGUAUUGGGCCAAGAACCUCGUCAGUCCCGUCAGGUUCUCCGAGGCCGUCACGCUCGUGGCCAACGAAUCCUCGGCAAACGUCCUCGUCGAAAUUGGCCCGCAUGCCGCCCUUAAGGGGCUCAUCAACCAGACCUUGCAGUCAUUAGAGCAGAAGAAGGAUAGCAUCACGUAUGUCCCCUCGCUUGUUCGCGGCACGGAUGACGCCAAGGCUGUGCUGCAACUUGCUGGCCGCUUAUAUGCCAUGGGACUCACCGUCGACUUUCACGCCAUUAACGGAACCGGGCCGAAGAGUCGGCACCGCGUCUUGGCUGAUCUCCCUUCAUACGAGUGGGACAAGAAGGCAAGGUUCAUCCACAGAUCGUCCGUCUCGGUCGGCAAGUUCCACUCCGGCCACACCUUCACGCCCCUCCUGGGCUGGAAGAUGGCCUCUCAGGGGCGAGACCAUGUCUUCCGCCAGGUUUUCACGCUGGACGAGUUGCCAUGGGUCCGGGACCACAAGGUUGUCGGCGACGUUCUAUUCCCUUUUACUGGCUUCUUGAGUCUGGCAGUGGAUGCCUUCCGAUCCAUCACCACUGCCACCGUCGAUCCUGCCACGUCCUUUUCGAUCUGCGAAAUGCACAUCGAGCGCGGUUUGCACAUCAAAGAAGAGCAGCGUGUUGAUAUCUGUACCAAGCUGAGACCCGUAGAGACGGGAACGGGUCACCUCUCAUCGUCUACGUGGGCCUUUGAGGUCAUGACCUGGAGCGAGCAGACAGGCUGGGUCACCCACGUCCACGGCAGAAUCGAAGCCGGCUCGGGGGAGAAAUGCCUCGUUGCGUCUGAAAGCCCGGUGUGGCAGGCCGCGGAGAAGAUUCUGAAGGGAGUCAACGCGGCCGAGCUGGACGAAGCCACCGCCCUGUCAGGAUAUGAUACUCUCGACCAAUCCGGUGUCUGUUACGGUUCGAGCUUUAAAAACAUCUUCGAGAUGUGGAGGUCCCCCGGCAAGACGGUUCACCGAACACGUCUUCGACAGACCAACGACGAGGAGCCGCUCUCCAUCCCAAAGCGAGGAUCUGCCAUGACGGUCGACCCUCCCAUGCUCGACUCCGUGCUCAGCUCCGCCCUUCUCGCCGUCGGCGAUGGCCUCCCGGAGCCGCGUCCGGCUUUCGUGCCGACAUACGUUCGCCGCAUGCAGCUCUCCAACACCAUCCCCUGUGAGCCGGGCCAGCUCUUCACCACCGUCUCCCAUCGCAAGACCUUUCAGGAGAAGACAGGCCGGUCAGAUGUCAGCAUCGUCGUGUGGGCCGAUGGCCCCCAGGGCUCCAACGAGCGCGUGCCCUGUGUCGAGAUGGAACUAACGUACCAGCGUAUCAACGAUGCCGGCCAGGAAGGCGAGGAGCACGUCAAGCAAACUCUGCCCCGAGGUUAUCAAGAGGUCUUGAUGCCGCAUGUCGACCUCUCCGACAAUAAGGCUCUCUCGGAGUCCAUCAUGGACCGUUCGUGGACUCCGGAGGAGCUGCUCCCCCGACACAAGCACAACGCCGUCGGCCGGCAUUUCCUCAAGCGUGCAAUCGAAGUCGCCGCCGGCCUCGACGAAACAACACUGCCAAAGCACCUCAAGGCCUUUUUGGUAUGGGCCGGGGUCCAAGUCCGCAGCGUCGAUGACGAGCCGGAAGCCAGCGCCGAGUUGCUGCAGGAGGUUGCCCGAGACGAUGCCUUUGGCGAGCUCAUCUGCGCCGUGGGCAACGCGAUCCCCGAGAUCCUGCGCGGCGAGGUCGAGCCUCUGGAGGUUAUGAUGAAGGACGGCCUUCUCAUGAAGCACUACGACGACAUUCGCACCAUGGCUAGGGGCAACCAAGCUCUCGCCAGGUACAUCGCCAAGCUCGGCGAGCUGAACCCGGACUUGCGGAUCAUCGAAGUGGGCACCGGCACGGGCGCAGCCACCACCAAGGUCUUACAGGCCUUGUCCGCCGAGGAGCCGGAGGAGGAGGACAACUUCUCCGCGUACACAUAUACGGACAUCUCGCCCGGCUUCUUCGAUGCCGCGCGCAAAAAGCUGGCGAGAUGGCCGCAGGUGACCUACACCAAGCUCGACAUCAGCCAGGACCCGGCCGAGCAGGGCAUCGAGGUGGGCAUCUACGACGUCGUGAUCGCGUCCAAUGUGCUACACGCGACGCAGGAUAUCGAGGAGACCGUCCGCAACAUCGGCAGCCUUCUCAGACCGGGAACGGGCAAGCUCGCCAUCGUCGAGUCGCUACCGGAGAGUUGCGACGCCGCGUUCCUCCCGUACACCAUCCUGCCGGGCUGGUGGCUGACGGAGAAUAGCUGGAGACAGGGAAACGACGGCCCGCUCAUGUCCCAGGAGACUUGGGACCGGCUGCUCGUCACCCUCGGCUUCAACGGCGUCGAAGGUGCGGUGGCGGACUGGCCCGGUGCGGACAUUUGCAUUGUCAAGACCAUGUGGUCCACCAAAUUGUCCGAGGACAUCCAAGACGAAGAAGAAGAGUCCGACGCGGCAGGAGAGGUGACGAUCUGUGGCACCAUCACCGAGGAGCAGCGGCAGCUUGCCGGGGCCGUCCAGAGCAAGCUGGAGCAUCUCAAGCCACAGAUUAUCAAGUCCGUUCCAGAGACCCAACAGAUCAGGGACAAGUUCUGCAUCUUCCUAGACUGCGGCGAGACCAGCUUCCUCGCCGACAUAGCCACCGAGGAGGCGUUCGCAGCACUCAGAGCCAUGGUGCUCGACACGCGCGGCCUUCUCUGGAUGACCCCCGAUUCCGACAGCCCCGACUUUGCUCGCGUUCAAGGCCUCCUCCGUACGCUGCGGCUGGAAGAUCCAACGAAGAAGCUCCUCUGGCUCAGCAAGGCACCAACCAGCGACCCAACGCAGACGGCAGAGCUGGUCGACAAGCUCACGGAGAGACUCGUCAAGGAUUCUUCCUCGUCGCCCGCAGAGCUCCUCGAGCAGGACUUUGUGUGGCAGGACGGCAUGUUCCAAGUGCCUCGCCUUCGCAGACUCCCCGAGACAACGAGGACGUUCGCCAUCGAAAAGGGGCUUUCGGUCCGACGGGAGCAGAACCUCUGGGACGGCUCAAGCCCCAACAGCGCCCUCUUCAUGACCAUGGACACGCCGGGCGUCAUGGACUCGGUGUACUUCAAGCGCCACGACUUGAUGCGCCCCGCCGAGAAGCCGCUGGGCGACGACGAGAUCAUCGUCAAGGUCGACGCUUGCGGCAUCAACUUCCGAGACGUUCUAGCCCUCCUCAACACCAUACCCUGGAGUCUGCCGGGCCGUGAAGGAGCAGGCACCGUCGUCGCCGCCGGCGCAAACGUCUCCCAUGUCCGGCCGGGUGACAGCGUGAUCUACAUGAUCGCCCAGGGCGGCCUCGCGACGCAUGUCCGCAUUCCCGCGGCACACGCCUGCAAGCUGCCGUCGGGCCUCUCCCCCGCCGAGGCCGCCUCCAUGGCCGUCGCCUACGUCACCGCUCUCGUGUGUCUCGACGAUGUCUCGAGGCUCCGGCCGGGCGAGUCCGUCCUCGUCCACGCGGCUUCGGGAGCUGUUGGCCAGGCGUGCGUGCGUAUCGCCCAGAGCAUGGGUGCCACCGUUUUCGCCACGGCCGGGUCCGAGGAGAAGAGAACGUUUGUCCACGAGACACUCGGCGUGCCGCGUGAGCAUAUCUACUCGAGCCGUAAGCGGGGUUUCGCUGCUGGUAUCCUCAACGUGACGGGCGGCCGCGGCGUCGACGUCGUCGUCAACUCCCUGAGCGGCGAGCUGCUUCAGGACACAUGGUCGAUCGUCACCGAGUUUGGUCGCUUCGUCGAGAUCGGGAAGAAGGACAUUCUGGCGAACUCGUACCUCGGCAUGAGGCAGUUCGAGCGCAACGUCUCCUUCUUCGCGGUGGACCUCGUGCCGUACCUCUCGCACAAGUCGGACAGCAUCCAGGCCUGUUUGGCGAAGAUGGUAAGCCUGUUCGAGGCCAAGGUUAUCCAGCCCAUCCAGCCCAUCCAUGAGGUGCCCGUCUCCGAUAUCGUCUCCGGCUUCCGUGCUCUGCAGAGUGGUCAGAACAUCGGCAAGAUUGUCGCGAUCAUGGGGAAAGAUGACAGGGUCGUGGCAGACGUGGCAUCGCCGCUCCGCCGGGAUGACGGCAGCGCUUUGCUUCGCGGUGAUGCGACAUAUCUCAUCACCGGUGGAACCGGUGGCAUUGGCAAGUCCCUCGUGCCUUGGAUGCUGGGGAACGGUGCGUCCAACGUCGUCGUGCUCGGCCGUUCAGCCACCAACGCCGAGGUGGCGAAGCUCAUCAGCGACUACGACUCGCCUUCAACGAUGAUUCACUCUCCUUGCCGCGUUGGAAGCAGUCAAGGCUCAAUGUACCUCCGCGACUCCAUCUUCUUCAACGCCUCCUUCGACGACUGGAAGACCAUCAACGGCCCCAAGAUCGUCGCCGCUUGGAAUCUCCACCACCUCCUCCCUGAUCUCGAUUUCUUCGUCGCCCUCGCAUCCGGGGCUAACGUCGUCGGCAACGUCGGCCAGUCCAUCUACUGCCAGACAUCAUCCUUCCUCGACGCCUUCGCGCAGUGGAGGAGCCGCGCUGGCAAACCAACCAUUUCCAUCAGCUUGCCUGUCGUGGACGACGUCGGCUAUGUAAUCCAGCAAGGCAUGCGCGAGCAGCUCCUCGAGAAGCUGGGCUUCUACAUCUCCAUCGCCCAGGUCCACACCGUCAUCAAGGGCGCCAUCAUCGGCCCGUCAUCAGGCCUGAACAUUGACUCGCGAGCCAUUGCGUUCGUGCUUUACGACUCGCCCCAGGGCAAGUCGCACGGACUGGAAGAGCGGUCGCGCUACCUGUCCGCCCUGCGUCAGAAGAAGUGGAGGAAGAACAAGCACGCGCUGGACAACCACGGCGACGGCGAGGUCGCUGCCGGAGGGCGGCUGAGUCUUCUCGAUGCUUUGGCCGGGAAGGUCUCGUCUAUUAUCGCCGACACGCAGUCUCAUCGAGUACGGCCUGGACUCUCUAGUGUCGGUGGAGCUGCGGAACUGGAUUAA